GCUGAUCUUCCGCUGCUCGGGGGCCGCCCGCUGCAGACAGCCGCUCCUUACCGCCAACUAUUCAACUUCGUGACAAGCUUAUCCGUACUCGCAUCCUCCCAAACGACUUCAUUCUUAACCCGGAAAACGCCUCACUGACUUGCCUCAACACACGUUUUGAGCCGGACCUUCAGCCGAUCAUUUUACCCAGACUAGAUACUCAACAUGGGUGACGUUCCAGUUGAGGAGGCACCUUUCCCGCUCACAGACGUUGAUAAGUGGGUCCUCUCACAGACAGAUGAGGAGUUUAAAAAGCAUGACUGGGAAGAGCUCAAAGAGAUCAUUGAUACAAACAAGCUCGAGGUUUUGAAGCGAAAGCCAUCAGACCUUCGUCGAUACAUGAAAUGGACGGCCGAGACCAAGGCGGAGUACGGCUCCAUGACCAAAUUCCUUCUCACCAACCGCCUGCCCAAACCUUGGGGUGAGCCGCCUUUCACCCCCAAGUCCAUCGUGCCUUUUGAGGAUCCUUCCGACUACCGAGUUCUCGUGAACGACUGGCCGUAUGGACUUGACCCGGGCAUCACCCAUAUCGUGGUCUGGUCGCGUGCCAUCAUCCCUACUGACCCUGACACCGGGGACAUGACAGUAGAGAGCAGACGCACUGUCCAGGAUUUCAUUGACAGAUACUUUGUCAAAACUCUUGGUGAUGUCGGAGAAGACAGGGUUGUCUGGUUCAAGAACUGGGUCGCCCUUCAGAGCGUCCGGGCCUUGGAGCACAUCCACGUGCUGGUGCGAGACGCCGACCCAGAAGUCAUCAGGAAGUGGUCUGAGGAGCAAUCCUGGCACAGAUAA